GAGUGCCGCCAAUGUGAUGAAUUUUCCGGUGUUGGGGUGGUGAGCGUUGAUGGAUAUGUCGAUGGCAGUACUUGGGCUGAUGGGCGGACGGGCUCCCGCGCGAUGAUGAGGAAAGGAGGAUGGGCCCGCGGGCGGCGGUUGGUCACGUGCCGGGACUGAUAAGCUCCAACCCCCUGUCUAGCGGGGACUAGCGUCCUGCAGUCUCUCAAAAUUUCGUGUUGCUGCUGAACGCGUCCAGCAACGUCAAGUCUACCCAAACAACUCCAAAAUGGCCAAAAGAAAGAGAGAGAUCGCUGAUAGGACGAAGCCGGUGAAGGCAGUGAAGAGUGAGAAGGAAGCGACUGCCUCGACCCCGAAGAGCAAAGUACAGAUCGAAUCUCCAGCACGCAACAGCAAGGAAGCUGCAGUAAACGACAAGGCAGGCGCAAACCACAAGGCAACAGCAACUGCACCGGCGAAUGCACCAGCAAAGGAAGUGGCCGACAUCACCACUGUCCAGAUCAUCACCGGCUCAUAUGAAAGAGUCUUGCACGGUUUCUCCGCAGCCAUACCCCAGGCCCUGAUCACGGGACAAGAUGACGGCGCAGAGCAAGACCUCCCAAAGAUCGGAUUCUCGGACACUUUCCUCUUCAACGCACACACAUCCGCCAUCCGCUGCUUGGCCCUGACACCUCCCACGGAUGAAUCUUCCAAAGUAAUCCUGGCCACCGGCAGCACCGACGAGCGCAUUAACCUGUACACGCUCUCCACUGCACCCCCAGCACUCUCAAAAUCAAAACCACAACUUCCAUCACUCAACGGCACUUCCAUCUCCGAGAACUCCAAGAACAAGGAGCUCGGCGCCCUGCUGCACCACUCUUCCAGCAUCACCGGCCUGUACUUCCCGUCCCGCAGCAAACUCCUAAGUUCCUCCGAGGACAGCACCAUCACCAUCACGCGGACGCGUGACUGGGCACCCCUCUCUACCAUCAAGGCGCCCAUCCCGAAAGCUCAAGGCCGUCCCUCAGGCGACACCGCGGCGCCGGGCGAGGUCCCCGCCGGCGUCAACGACUUCGCCGUGCACCCCAGCAACAAGCUGAUGGUGAGCGUGGGCAAGGGGGAGAAGUGUAUGCGCCUCUGGAACCUGAUCACGGGGCACAAGGCUGGCGUGCUGCAGUUUAGCAGGGAGAUCCUCGCGUCCGUGGGCGAAGGGAGGUUUGGCAGCGGAGAGGGACGGAAGGUCGUAUGGGAUGGCGAGGGCGAGGAACUGGCUGUCGCAUUUGAGCGCGGCGUCGUUGUCUUCAGCCUCGAUAUGAAGCCAAAGGCUAAGAUCCUGCCGGCGCCGCGCACGAAGAUACAUCAGAUGCGGUACUUGCCGUCUGACUCGCACCCGGGCAUCCUCUUGGUUUCCACGGAAGACGGCAGGAUUAUGUUCUACGACACGAAUUCUACGAGUGAACCUGCAGAGAGCGAGGAGAGGGAAGACGAUAUCCCGCAGAGCAACCUCGUUGCUGCGAUCGGUGGUCCUGCAGCAGGUUUCUCGGGCCGAGUAAAGGACUUCGACCUCCUCCGUAUAUCAGAUACUUCCUUCCUGAUUAUCUCCGGAAGCAGCGACGGCACGGUCAGACUGUGGAGUCUCCGCACAGACGAACUCAAGGCGCCUGCGUCGUCUGAGCAAGGAGCGGGCUUCACCGCAGGGCAGGUCGGACGGUUGAUAGGGACGUACACGACGGGCACGCGGAUAACGUGCUUGAAGUCGUUCGUCAUGACGGGGACGCCGGAUGUGGAGGAAGAAGAGGAGGAAGAGAUACCUGCCGCUGAAAACGAGUCGAGCAGUGAAGACAGCGAGUAGUUCUAUACGUAAUAUACCACGAAUGCCCAUGCUCGGAACUCUGUAGUAUAGUUUACAUAUCACCACUAUGCUCAGGCGU